GGGUCCUUUAUGAGUCAGGCUUGUGGGGACCAGGGACCUUGAGGGGCAGUGGUCAGAAUAGGUGGACAGUCUCGGAGGAGGGAGCCCCUGGGAGCCGGGCCCCCCACACGCCAUGGCGAGCGUGGUGGUGAAGACAAUCUGGCAGUCCAAAGAGAUCCAUGAGGCUGGGGACCCCCCCGCGGGGGUCGAGAGCCGCUCCCAGUUGGUCCCCGAGACUCCUGGGGGGGUAACCAGCCCAGUCAAGGGGAUCGCGAAGAAAAAGAAGGCUGUGUCGUUCCACGGGGUUGAGCCUCGGAUGUCCCAUGAGCCGAUGCACUGGUGCCUGAACCUCAAACGGUCCUCAGCCUGCACCAAUGUGUCCCUGCUCAACCUGGCGGCCAUGGAGCCCACCGACUCCUCGGGGACAGACUCAACCACGGAAGACAGCAGCUCACUGGCACUGCCCGUGCCCCCUGCCUCCCCUACCCCACCCUGGGUCCCAGAUGACCCAGACAUCAUGGAAAUACUGAAAAAGAGUCUGCCCCCUGGCUUAAUGGAGCAAGAACACCAAGAAUCAAAGAGGCGCAGCCCUGGCCCCCAAUUCCACCAGCUAUUCCAGGGCAGAAUCAAGAGUGGGGUCAACAGUGGAUUGGUGCGUGCCAAAGAUUCCAUCACCAGCUUGAAGGAGAAGACCACCCGGGUUAACCAGCACGUGCAGACACUGCAGAGUGAGUGUUCUGUGCUGAGUGAGAAUUUAGAGAGAAGGCGGCAAGAGGCGGAAGAACUAGAAGGGUACUGUAGUCAACUCAAGGGCCCCUGCCCUGGUAUCCUGACCCAGGAGAACUGCCGGAAGGUGACCCGGUCGGUGGAAGAUGCUGAAAUAAAAACCAACGUCCUGAAGCAGAACUCUGCCCUGCUGGAGGUAAGGCGGAGGGGUCUAAGGGUUCGAGGACGUUACUCAAGUACAUGAGAUACUCAAGGUGGACUUCGGGUAGGACUUCCCGCCCUGCCAACCACCUUUACCACCACCACCCUGCCCCUUCGUGUUCAUGGUCAUACUUCUCCACUCACAGUCAUAUUCAGGUCCCAGGGAGAGGAAUUCAUGUCAGACUUGGAGUGGGAAUGCCUGUCCUGCCCACCCGCCCACUGAUUUCCCAACAGAAUGUUGGAAAAGCUUCAGUUGUUCUACCUAAACAGGAGGGACUGGAGUUUGAGGCCUACUGAGGAUUAGAGUUGGGGUGGAGGGCUAGAUGGAGACACAGGCGGGCAUUUAGAGGUUAAGGUGAGUUGAGACUCCAGCUGGGCCUCUAAAGGA